AUGUUCUGCGAUGAUGGGUCUGUGGUGACUUGGGGCUUGGCGACGGCUGGAGGUGACAGCAGCUCCGUCAGGCUACAACUUUCGACUGGGGUCUGCACUAUCUUCUCCACCCGCUCGGCCUUUGCAGCCUUGAAGGAAGAUGGCUCGGUGGUGACAUGGGGAAACGCGCAAUCUGGUGGUGGGCCUCCUCCGUGCACAGGAGCUGUACAAAGCAUUUCUGCCACAGAUGCUGCAUUUGCGGCUCUUACCAGGAAUUCCGGCGUGCACGCCUGCGGUGAUCCUGCCGCCGGCGGACAUCCGCACGAAGUCUCUGCAGACUUAGCCGGCGGCGUGCUGGCAGUAUUUGGGUGUAAGUGCGCGUUCGCCGCCAUCAAGCAUGAUGGUUCUGUGAUUUGUUGGGGAGCUGCUGUUGCCCGCCAGGGCUUUGACAGCGUUAGAUGUAAGUUUGGCAACAUGCAAGUGCGGCACAUUGCUUCGACUUCAAACGCAUUUGCAGCCCUAAUGGCUGGAGGAUCCGUCAUUUGUUGGGGGGAUCCUGCCUGCGGUGGGGACUCUUCAGGGGUGCACGAGCAUCUCCAGGACGACAUCGUCAAGAUAUACAGCAACGAAGUGGCUUUUGCUGCCGUGAAGCGUGGUGGUGUGGUGGUGCCUUGGGGAGGACACUAUCUCGACUUGGAUUUAUGUUCCACCGGACAGCGCCUGGAUGGUGUCGAGCAAGUUGUCGCAACGCGCUUAGCCUUCGCAGGGCUUAAAUCCGAUGGUACCGUUGUGACCUGGGGGCACCGUAACCGGGGAGGAGACAGCAGUGGAGUUGCUCAGCAGCUCCGAGAAGUGAGAAAAGUCUGUGCUUCAGACAACGCCUUCGCUGCAGUCACCGUUUCCGGUGCUGUGGUUACAUGGGGUGUGAAGGAUGAGGGAGGCAACUAUUGCUCUGCCGAUGAGCUCCUGGAGACCGAUGUUCAUGACGUGCACUCUACAUGUAAUGCUUUUGUGGCCAUCAAGUACGACGGAUCGGUUGUCGCGUGGGGCGGUCGUCGGUUUGGUGGGCACGUUCCCGCUUGUGCAGGAUUGCACAUCUGUUCCGGCGACGAGAAAAGGGACCGAGUGCAGUCGCUGCACGUUUCACCAAAUGCUGACUCGUCUCGACAGAGUGCCAAUCCAAGGAAGUGCCGAGCGAUCCGUCUUUGCUGGAUGGUCAAGCUGCCGCCCAAAGGGAAGGUGCCCGAGAGGUUCCGCGCCUGCAGCACCCAUCUCGCAUGGUUGGCCGCAGAGAAGGAAGUGCAGGAGCUGGAGAAGCAAUGCGCGGCACAGCAAGAGUUGGAGUCAAAACUGAAGCUGAUGCGGAAUCGGUUGAAGGCUAUGCGACAAGGAUCUUCCGCACGGCUAGAUGCCGUCAUGCAGAUGAUCGAACAUCGCAAGGCAGAGCUUCUCCUUGUCAAGGAGAAAUUGGGCCAGCUGGAAGCUCGCAAAGACGAGCCGCCGAAGUAUCCAGCGCUGACCAAUGCGCAGCCUCUGGGCCUGGCUCUGACCCAGGCGGUGAAGGAGAUGAGGAAGCGCACCCUGAGCAGGAAGCGAGAGGAACCCAACCCAUUGUCGUUGAAGCAGCCUGCCGCCUGGCCGUCGCUGUACAGCAUUGCCGAUCUUUGGCUCGCGAAAGCAGAGCUAGAGCAUGCUCUAGCUUGGCGCCUGGACGCUUCUGAUAAAACGCGGCCCAAGCGAUAUGUGCAAUCUCCAGAGCUUCUCUUCCGGGCCAUGGUUUUGGCCCAAAGUUUAGAUAGCGAUCCUUCAUGUCAACCUCCCCGACUUCCCAACCACCACAAACAGCCCAUGUGGCGCAGCACGCUCUGCCCACCAGCAUGGGCAGACGCGGACUGUGCUUCGCUUCGCAUGGGCGGUGUCAUGGACGCCUUCCAACAUCAUUUAUUCCCAUUUGGCCAGAUGGUAACUCUUCGCCUGUACCAGUCUGUAUUCCGCUUCGAAAGAGACGGGCAAGCCGCGAGCAGCGACAUCCUGCGACGCACUGGUGAGCAGCUCGAAGCCUUGCGCCAGUUGGCCUGCCUUGUGAACUACCAGAGAUGCUGGUCGAGGGGCCGAGCGCAAUCAUGGAGACGCGGCGUGCAGAGCCUGUGUCGGACACUGCUGGCACACCAGCUGUCUGCGAAGCUUCUGCCUGGCCUCUGUGCAUCGCUCGUAAACAAGGGGCCAGUGCGGCAUGGCAGAGAUCGGUUGAAAGCAGUCCUGGGCUUGCAAGAUGGUCUGAAGAUGCUGGCAGAGGCAGCCUUGCCCUCAUCCCUCGGCUUGUCUCCGCAGAACGACAGAAAGGCACGACUAGAUGAUUCGAAGAUCAUCCGAGAGCUUCUGCAGCUGCUUGAGCAAGACCGACAGACGGUCAGAUCCUUCAAAGGACAGGCAAGCCACAGCGAGGAACUUCUGCAGCACCUGACCAGCCGUGGACUAGGCUUACUGGAACAUCUGGACCAGUUCGCACAGCACUACCCAGCCGAGAUUCUGCAGAUGCCGUUCCAGCUGCUGUACUCAGCAAGCUUGUCGCCUGUGGGCACCUGUCAGCACGACAGGAGUCCGAGACUCAUACCCCCACCGGAAGCGCGCUGGUUCCGCACGAAGGUGGAUGGUACUCGCUAUUACAGUCCUUGGCCCAGCUCGAUCGAUCUCCUCUUCCGUUGGGCGACAGCAGGAGGUCGCCCCUCCAACUGGGUUCUGAACUUGGGGUCUGGUGAUGGAAGCUGCGCCGGAGGCGACGAGUACGAUCCUGCCAACUGUCUUGUUCUGAACCAUGGUUGGCGCGGCAUCUUCAUCGAGGCGGACAAGGCUCUUGCGGAACAGGCACGGGUAUCCCUUGGAGAUCAAGUUCGAGUGCUUUCCACGAGUGUGACACCAUCUGACGUAGGACCCCUGGUGGCUUCAGCCGUGCAGAGCCUCUUCGCCAACAUGUCAGGGAAGACAUGGCUCGACGUAAACGCACCUCGUCGGCCGGACCUUCUGAAAGUGGAUGUGGACCAGGCAGACUGUGAGUUUCUUGAAGCCUUGCUUGAGAUCUUUGAGCCCCUGCUGCUGCAUGUGGAGAUCAAUCCGCUCUUCCCACCACCUUAUGAAUAUCAAGAACAGUGGAGAGGGAAAGACUUCGCUCUUCCAGUGGAGACGGAUCACCAUCUAAUCGGCUGUUCCUUGCAGUCUUUCAUCGAGCGCACGCGACGAAGAUGGGGUGCGCGAGCACGCCCGGAAGCCUACCGACUUUCUCAUGUGGAGUUUGAGAAUGCGGUGUUGAUUCAUCCGGACGCCGCAAGAAUCUUGCCCGAAUCGCCAGUCAACGAGCAGAGCAGUCAACAAAUUCUAGAUUUGUACACAGCGGGCUACUUUUGCCAUCCUCUGCGCGGCAUCCUAUCAAUGCGGGAGAGCCUGGCAUUCUACGAUUUCCGCCAGUGGAUGGACCUGGAGCAGCACCCUCGAGUCAGAGGAGAGCGCAUGAGACGGUUCCUUCGGAGAGAGUGGGCGAAGCCCUCUUUGUCAGCAGCGGGCUCCAAGGAUGCAAGAUACACACUGAGCUGGCCCGGAGGAGAGGCACUGCCAGAAGGAAAAGAGUUGGACUCGGCGCUAGACACUGCCAACGAGCUGAUUCGUUUGUCAUCCCCUGGAGUCGUGCAUGAGACCCUGCGCAGAGAAGCGCUGAUUCAGCGAGACAUCGCAGCUGGGCUCAGGCUCAUGAGAGACCGCAUGUGUCUGGUCAUUGACUCCCUGGGCCCCAUGGUCCGCGCUUUGGGAGUGCAAGAGAUGAAGCAUUGCGAACAGACAUUGGAGCUCAAAAAGCUUCUGCUCGCCAUCGCACAGGAAGAGUCCGUUUGGGGAAUGCAGCACAAAGCUCAAGCCAGUGCAGAGGGGAGGCCCAUCAAGCAUCUGAACAGCGAGACCUACAAGCUUCGGCGCGCUCUGCACAAGAUCUGCUAUGCUCCUCCAGGCUCCGCUGUUGAGGAGGACAUGGACGCAGUUUGGAAAGCUGUGAAAAAGAAGGAGGUGUUUGAUCUGGCCUCUGCACGUGCGGAGGCAGAGCGCCUGCGCUUGAAGGUAGCUGGCUGCGAGCUGACCAUGCGGCGUUCUGAUGUCAAGCAGACUGCUUUGGCGGUUACCACCGACAAUGAUGCUCGGGCUUUUCUGCAGACGGUCCAGGCCAAGGUGAAGGAAGCAACGGAUGUGCUCAAUGCGUAUGCGGAAUGGGCUUCCAAGACGGAAGCGAGUUUGAUUCUUUGUGGCCUGACGAGUCCUCCUUCCGCAGGUGCUCUUGAGGCGGUGCCAGCGAACCCCAUGACGCUUGAAGCACAGAGGCUUCGUAAAGCUCUUCAAGGCAUCAUCGAAGCCGCUUUGAUCACUCGGAAGCGUCCGGGAAGAAACGGCGGCAAGGCUGGCUCGCCUACCUCUGCACCCCUGGCAGAGGAGCAUCGGAGCCCAACGCACAACCUGAGGAUGAAGCAGCUAAGAGACAUUCCGCUCCCGCUGUAUCAGCCGGAUUCGGACGGUGGCGACCGACAGUAUUGUACCACGGAUAUCGUUCGGGACAUCCACCGGGAAAGCACUCGGCGCUUGGUCUGGCAUGAGCACAAAGGAACCUGGGAGCCCACAGCAAGGUCAUGGCGCCUCGUCGCGACCAACAUCUCCGGAGGUACGAGCACGAUCUGCAAGGUCCUCACCGGGGACCCCAAAGACGGCCGAUCCGAAUCGGUUCAACACAUGGUCCUGAAGGAAAUGACCAAGCUUUCUAGCAGACCUUGGCAACCAACACGGUGGCCCUUCCCUUGCGCGAUCAUGCUCCAAGCGGAAGGGAAAAGGUCAGUUGGCUCACGCCAUGAUGUGUCUCGUCUACUGGGUGUGGAGACGUUGACGUGGACUAUGCCGUCCGUGUCGGGUGACGAUCGAACUUUUCCCAACAUCACCACGGACAUGAAGACGUCACAGCACUUUGAUGCAUUGCUAAGGGCUCAUGGCAUCAGUGGAUCUUGGACCAAUGUCUGCAGCGGCAGUAUAAGCAGUGGGCAGAAGAGCGCCUCACCUUUGCUCUGCGUCUUCCCGUUCCAGAGGGUCUCCAAGAUCGCAGCUCCUGGAAAGAUGCGGGCCGCCCUCCUCCUGGAGGUAAUUCACUUUGCGUUGGCUGGCGACGCCGUCAUUGACUUCACCUCCGCCACCUCUGCGUACGUUAUUCGACCAGGAUGGAGUUUCAAGGUCGAGGUCUUCGGAAGCAAUUUCGAUUACAUCAACGACAAGAUCCUCCUAGUCCCGACUGGCAUUGCAUGUGGAGAUCCAGCAACUCCUCCGAGAGGAAAGUACUCCACUGUGGCCGACUACUACAGCUUGGUUUGUGACGGACAGAGCAGCGCAGCCGGGAGAUUGGUCUGUGAGGACUUGUCUGUGUACCAGGCGGGCACUUACACUAUCUGUGUCUGCGACGCCACCGCGAUGCACCGUCCUGGGCCACCAAGUUCAGGAGGCCCCGCAGCAGGGAACAGCACAGCAGACGAUGGGUCAGCGGUUACUACGACUACAAUGACCUCCACAUCGACUGCAACAUCUCUCCCAUGCAUCACAGCCGAAAGAUUUUGGCUGGGCUCCGAUUCCACGGGGACAGUAACCGUGAAUGGCCCGAGGAAUGAGGGGACGCUGAUCGAGCGGGCAGGAACGCCUUUCCGGUUGAUCCUGCAGGGCACCAGUUUAAGCAGCAGAGAUCGAAUCCGAAUCACAGACGGCUCGACCGACUGCUUUGACCUCGGAGCAUCCAAACCAAUGCACCCUGCGGUUGCAACAGAUUUUCCAUACGAAGACCCGUCGGGUCAGAGACGCUCUGGCUCUGCUUCGCAAGAGAUCUGGGAGAACAUCGGAGUGACAGUGCCCGGAACCUAUCAGGUCUGUUGGUGUUCGGCCGGUGGGACGGUGUCAAACAGCUGCAGCGAUGACCAGGAGUUCACAACGAAUGUUGCGACUCUCGAAGUGGGUGGGCCUACAGCAGGUGUUAUCCAGUCUUUUGCGUGCAUCACCGGUGUUGCCUGCACGCUUGAAAUGACCGGAUCAGGCCUGAACAACAAUGACCGUAUCAUUACCAUCGCCGAUCAUCUGGAGUGUGGCUUUGCUCCACAGUCCAGCGCCGUAGUUUCCGGGGGUGAUUUCGCCAGCCCCAGAACAAGUGGAUCUGACACUCUAUCACGAUUUGGUGGCAUCAUCAUGGGCCGGCAUGGUGACUUCAAAGCUUGUUGGUGUGGCAGUUACGACGAGAUCCAGUGCCCAACAUGCUGCACGCAAAUGGAAGAGUACACAGUCUAUGCUGGCAACGUCACCAGUGGCGGCCCGAACCAAGGUCAAAUUGACCGGCCACCGAUCGGUGUGCCCUUCGCGUACACCAUCACAGGAUGGGGCAUGAGCAGCAAUGACAGGAUACGGAUCGUGGAUCAAAGUGUCCGCUGCGGGCGGGCUGGAGCAGAGACACAUUCCCUUGGCAUCGAAGCUAGCACCGUGCCCAACGGACCUCCGACAUACACGGAGGGCUCAGACCCCGCCAACCGUACGAGUGCGAGCUGGACUGACAUCGUGGCCGCAUGCCCACUUUGCCCGGGAGAUGCGAACCUUGGACUGACAGAGUUCGUCCGGAAUGUUCCGGAAUUCGAAACGAUGCUGCUGAUCAGGGGCACCAACACCAGCAACGUGUUCAGGUUGGACAUCGGCAUCAUUAACCCCAGGGGCGCUUCCAACUCGACCUACAUCAAUGCGAUUCCUGGGCGCCCCUUUUCCCUUACCGUCACUGCGGCAACGGGCUCCUAUCUCACAGCGGACGACCGCAUCAGGAUUGUCCGCUCUGAAGUGUCGGAUGGCAGGUGUGGAGGCUUCGGCACCGCUGAGCAUUCGCCCGCAGUUGCGGCUUUGGCGUGCUGGCCUACGUGCAUAGACUCACCAGUGUGGGGAGCCCCUGAGAUGGGCCCAGACAAUGAAUCCCAGAGCUGGGAUCCGGUGCUCAUCAUGGAGAGUGGGACCUACAACAUUUGCUGGUGUAACUCCGGUCAAGGCGGAUGCGACAGUGACGAGGACUUCUCAUUCCGCGCCGGCAUGAUCAUGGCGAAUGGAGUGAACAUCGGUGAACACUGGCAUUGUGCAGCCUACUUCCCUUGCACUGUCGAGAUCCAGAUGUCAGACGGCCUUGCCUCUGGCGAUUACCUGCAGUUGGUCGCCGCUGCUCCCGGUGCCCGCUGUGGCGUAGACAGUAGAGCAGCCGCCACGAGCUUCACGAGGGGUACGAGGAUCAGUGGAUACGAGGGAAGAGACACCACUGGGCAAGACGUCGUUCUCUUCGAGUUCGGCUCCCCACAGGCUCCCGGCAUCUAUCUUGCCUGCUACUGUCAAGGAUCAAUCUGCAGAACAAGUUCGGUGACAGACCUCGACUUCUUCCAGCAAGCUGGACAGGUCACUGUGAUGGGACUUCAGGGGCGUGAUGAUUAUCACAAAUGCUACCUGAGAGGCGCAUGCAGACUGAACAUACGAGGUGCAGGACUGGACGUUCAGGAUGCCGUGAUGCUCUUGGAUCCAAUGGACAACUGCGGGCAAACUGGCAGCCCAGUGAGUUUCAGCCUUGAUGGGCCGCGAUUCUUCACGGCCGGAGGGGACAGGCUUUUCAUUGGCAAUCUCACUUCCACAAGUAACGAAGGCCUUGAGAGUUGGACUUUUGACCUCGGCACUCCGAUUCGAACUGGGAGACAUCGGCUGUGUUACUGCAGCCGGCACCGAGCUAGCAGCGGAAUGUGCGAGAAUCGAGCAGACUUCGACCAAGCUGCAGGCGAGCUCUUCGUUCGCGGGUCAGAGUUCAACUCUGAGCUCCGGUGUGAGCAGGGCGAGUCGUGUCAGAUCACAGCUCGGGGAGCUCAGUUCGAUGCACUUGACCGGAUGGUGCUACUGAAGGAUGGCGUCGGCCACUACUGCGGAAUGGUGAACGCUGGACAGUACCCUUCUUGGGCAGUUGCCAUGACUCCUGAGAACAUUCAGCCGGAUGCCAUCAUUCCAGACCUCUGGGCUGCCACGUGGAUAAUUAGCAGCGUCCGCGAGCCGGGUACAUACCGGAUCUGCUAUUGCGCCUACAUCAUAGGCACCUUUGAAGGCUCAAGAUGCGGAUGCUGCUCCCAGAUGGAGGAGGUGCUAGCCUUGACCAAUGAGUUCCGAGAACAGGAAAACCUCCCACGGCUGGAGUUGCACGAGGCCUUAAGCGCCGUGGCCCGGAAGCAUGCGCUGGCCAUGGCCGACCACUGCCAACCCUUCAGCCAUGAGGGAGCCACGGAGCGCUUCCAGGACUCUGGCCUCCUGUGCCACAACUUCGCAGAGAACCUGGCAGUUUCGAAGGGCUACGCCCGGGAAGUUAUGGCAAAGGCUACCGUGGAUGGAUGGAUCGCCUCGCCUGGACACCGGAAGAACCUUUUAGGACCCUUCAAUGUUUGUGGCAUUGGGUGGUCGUCGAACGACGACUGUCAGCUUUACAUCACACAGCUGUUGGCCUAUGUCGAUCUCGAAACUGAGCCGACUGCGCUCUCGUCCCAAGUGCUGGAUGCUGCUAUGCAGCUCAUGGACUCGACUCCAGCAGUUUGCGCCUUCACUGGCAUGGCCCUCGCUGGCCCUGCGGGGCUCUUGGCAGGCUGUAUUCUGGGCGGGACUGCCCGCGUGCAGUGGGGCAUCCGGCCCUCCAGCAUUCCUCUGGCACUCGCGGCGCGAGCACGGCGCGAGGUUUGCCCUGCUCGUUGUUCCCUUUGUGGCGCCUCCGGGAGGCUGCUGCUCUCUUCCGAUCGUGGCACGCUUUGUGUCGAACCAGGCCAGUCAACCCCGUACGAGCGCUACAGGCAUGAGCUAGGCACUGUUCGCGUCACCGGGUCGAUUCUGGCAGUGCGACAGGUCGGGGUCACACCAGGAUAUUGGCAGCCGAAGCUUCCAGCAGCGAAGUACGCGGUCAGUGUCGAAGUGGAUGUGCUCAACACCUUCAUGAAGUACACAUGCGUCGCCACCACCCGGCCUGCACCUGACAACUUCAUCCCAAGAAAGUCUGACUUGGAAAACUGCACCAAGGAUGUCGAGGAAUUGAAUGAUCGACAAAGGUUCUUUCCGCGAUGUUGGGGCAUCGGGACCACGGUGGAAACAGUGAUCGAUAUGGGGCCGAACUUGGUGCAUGUUCCAACCCACAUCCCCGACAUCACCCUGGAGUCUUCAACGGAGAUGCACGUGUGGUGCUACGGGCGAGAUUUGUGCUCGAAUGAUCGUUGCGUCAUGCCCGCAGAUAACGUCGGCCUGGCAGUUCCGAUUACCGGCGGCCUCGUUUCUUACUCGACGAACUGGGCUGCCACUGUGUCCACACCGUUUGCAUUGAGAGUGCCACUCGCAAGCGACUUCGACAUUGGUGAUCCCUGGCCGCGGAUGAAGAUCAUCACGCACGAGAGUGCCUGUGACUCGACACAGCUCCACCGCUCUGUCAUGGGCAUCACCUGUCUAGAAAGCGGUGUUGGUAUGUGUGAGCCAGCGCCGAUUUCGACCCUGUCCUCUGGCUCAUGGGGUUCUGGACGAGAGCUGAUCUGGACAGGUGUCGCCGUGACCCGAGCCCGAAGCUUAGUUUUGGAAGGAAUGUCGGGCAUUGCCUUCGCUGGUAGCCGCCACAUGGUCUUUGGAUAUGCCAUCUACUACUUCUUGAUCCAAGCACUCAAUACCUGUUCAGGAGCUUUCGGGAAGGAGUUGCUGCGGCGGCAUGUACAAAUCAGCAGUUCAGCAGAGAUCGAAGUGACACAGCACGUGCGCCUUCCCACCGCAGGGCCGGCUGCAAGGAGCAUUGGUGGCAAGCCUUCGAAAUGCACCGAGAGUUUGGAAUCCAGCUAUCAGUGCCAGGGAACGCCUGGAUACGAUCAGUCGUGCAUUUUCCACUGCGCCUACUUGGCUCCUGGGGAUGACAAGCAGUGGGUGGUCACGCUUCUGCUCUUAGAGGACGGUCGGACGCAAGAUCCGGCAAUCAGUGACUGGGACAUGCCUGCUAUCAGAGUGGACAAUCCUGUCUCUGUUCGUGUGAAGCGCUUCUCGUCGGCCACCGAGUUGGAGAGUCAUGCAAGAAAUAUGACGGUGAAUUACCGUCCUGGUUUGAGUGUUCUCUUUCGAGCACUUUGGCAAGAUCGCUGGGCACACGCACUCUUCGAUGGCCUCUAUCCUGCAUUUGUCUCGCUCGCCAGGUUUGGACUUGAGAAUCAUGUCUUCACGCCCGUGGCCAUCAUGUCGAACUACACGGCUGGCUUGGACUGCAGGAAGCUCGAAUCCCAGGCACUCGGACUGUCAGGUGCUGGGAUCUACACUGGAACGGCCUGUCAGAUGGAGGAGGCCUUUCGACUUUUUGGGGGCAGGGGCAAGGCGAAGCAGGAGCUCCUCCGCUUGAGCGAUCUCUGGGAGCAGUUGCUCAAUGCCAAAGCCGCACUGCUCUUUGACCACCUGGUAAGCGGCAGCGCUCACAUGGGGGAGUAUGCGUCCUAUGUGUCUUUGCCAGGGACAAAGGAUAGUAGCCUGGCUGAGGAGCCAUCAGCCUAUGGACGAGACAUCGUCGGUGAGUUUGCAGACAGACUCUACCUUGCGCAUGGCCUGGACGCUCCAUCCUCCAAGACCUCUUCCAGGCCGGCGAAGCAGACGCUGAAAGUCAUCAUCACAGCGAACAAGCGAAUGACACCGGAAGAGGUGACGUCCAUGAAGGAGCUUGCGCAGCAGGGAGUGGCUUCACUUAGGAAUUUGUCCAUGGACGUGAGCUUCGUGGAUUGGUCGCUGGUACAGCCUUUCCGGAAGCAGCUCGAGCUUCUGCAGAACACUGACAUCAUGGUCACUGGCAUCGGCACAGCCAUGUUCUAUUCAACCUUAUUGCCCUUUGGCUCAGUUUGCAUCAACACGGGCUGGAAGGACAGCUCGUUGAUGCCCACAUAUGGUGAGGAGGUGCUUGGCAUGUCAAACCACCGCAGCAAGUUUCUGUACAUGCCUCUGGACAGGCUUAGAGAUGGAAUGGUCAAGGCAGAUAUAGAACACCAGAUCCAACUUGCAGCCUCCCUGAUCACGGAUGGGUUCUCUCUGCCACUGCGCAGCUCCGAAGAAAACUUGUCAAUCUUCGGUCGAAUCAUUCACGAAUUGGGACAGCAAAGCGACACUUCCAGGAAGGGACUUCAAGGUCGCGAGCAACUCGACGGAGGCUUCCUGUGCCACCAACGCCCGACGGGUCAAACUUCUUUGUCUGACCUGGUGUUCGAGCGCAUGGUGGAUGCCCGGAACCUUCUCUUCCAGCUUCCUGGCCCGAUGCAGCUCGCGGAGGCGUGCCAGAUUGAUUUGGAGAAACUGCGUCAGCUGAAGAAGAAGUAUCAGCUCCUCGAAGCUUUGGGGACGUCGGAUGCGAGUUGUGAGUGCGUUGUCUGUGUCACAGAUUGGUGGGUCGUCACGGACUGCGACAAACAGUGUGGUGGCGGCGAGGUGAAGAUGAGGCGUGGCAUUCUGCAGGAGGCCACAGGUGGCGGGCAGGCAUGCCCCAGCCAGGCAGAGCUGGUCAAGACCGAACAAUGCAACAUGAAUCCCUGCCCUCUGGCGCGAUUGGACCGUCUGACUACUUCGCCCGAGACGAUCUAUGCAGGCUCACCUUUCGUAAUGACUAUUCAGGGUGAGUGGUUCGACCCAGACAGCGACAGGAUCCUGAUCAUCAACCAGGACGAGACGUGCGGCCAGACCCAGGUUUACGUCAAGCCUGAUGCAUCCAAGUACCUCGCCUACAAUGCUCCACGACGCGCAUGGCAGGUUUCGCGCUCUUUGGGGCCAUCAGGUUCUUAUGCAUCAUGCCCCGGGGAGGAUGCGAGCCCGACUGGUCUCCAGCGUGCCUGCAGCAUUGGCAGCCGAAAGGAGCCUGGUCUACAAAUUUUGGACCUUCCUUUGCCCAACUCGCUGCACGUGGUUGGAGUGGCUGCGCGGAGGCUUGCAGCCGACUGCUUUGGCUUCCGGGCAGACGAGUUCAACAUUGCCCCUCCGUGCGUGCGACGAGCUCCUUUGUCCGUGGAGGUGGGAGGCCCCGGGAAAGGUCCAGGCAGCCAAGAGCGCGGCGAGUAUCGACGGACCUUGGACGUCGCAAACCAUCCCGCGUACGAGAAGCCAGACGAGUCACGGCAUCUGUUUUACAGUCCAGACUUGGGGGGCUGGCAGCUAUCUGCUGCCAAGGGCCUGGGCUCAGGAACUGCGCAUGGCCAGGCCUGCGCCUGCACACCCCAGGAGCUCCGGGGUCCCUGGCAGGUUCUCGACGACCACGGCCGACCACAGGAAGUAGAGCUCGUGAUUUCAGCAAGACCACCUCCACAACAGCUGACGUUUACUGGCUGGCCGCCACCACUGGAUCAUUUCAAUGGUGAGUACGAUCGGCUGGGGCUGGCCGAUCCCUUGCAUGGCAGGCCUUCGUUCGCUCGCGUGCUGAGCCGCCGCUCACUUCGCUCUUCCUGCUUGAAGUUUCCGCUACCGGGCUGCGAGUCCGCGAAGGCUCACCUGAACUUUGCCACUGUGUCUUUCAACUGUCAAUCUUCGCAGUGGCAACUUCUGCUUCAAGGGCAACCUCUGGCUGCAGCCGCUGACUCG